AUCGCGGGAUUGUUGUUUUUGUUUUCGAAGUGAGCGGUUGCGCGAUCGGUUGUUGAAAAAUUCGAAAAUCCAGAAAAUCUAUUGCAAAUAUUACUGAUAUGUAAUGAUUAAUGAAUAGAUUAAAAAAAGUGCUGUGCUAAUUUAUAUCAGUGCCUGUUAUUGCUGUCUGCAAAUCACGGUGAUCAACAAUUUACCGCUAUUCGAAAACAGCAGCUAAACAAGAAGAAAAUAAUAAAAAAAAAACUCUGCAAGGCAGUUUUAAUUUGAUAAUAACAAAAUAGAAACAGUGAUUUAAUAAAAUAAAGUGUCAAUCGAAAAACAACUGCUCGAAAAUGUUUAGAAAAUAAAAAAGUGCGAUCUGAUCUGGUGACACAUAUUUGCAUGGAUCCAUACUACUAUACUGGAGUGACUCGACUUCAUCUUGAUUCUAAUUGCUGACACACAUAAUUUUCUUAACUGCGGCAGAAACGCCGACAACUAAUUGAGUUUAAACGGUGAUCUGAACCUUCCCCCGUCUUAAACUAAUUUAAUUGUUUUUUAUUUUCGCGCAUUGUGUUUAAUUGAAAGUGUCACACGUCGUUUGAAUUAUAAUUUCGAAUUUGUUUUUGUGUGUAUUGUAUUUGUGCAAGUGUGUGUAAAUGUAAAUGUAAAAAAACGGCACAAAUAUGUGGCCAAAAAAAUCGGCUCAAAGUGAAAUGUGCAACUUUAGUUUGAUGGUAUUUAUGUUCUUGGGGGCGGCUCAAGGUGCCACACCCUUUGCAAAAGAGUAUCGAAGUGCAGGUCUCUUCAAGGGUAAUACUCUAGUGGAUUUGGAUGCAUUAACCACCCUAGACAUGGCCCCCGAGAAGCUACCAAUUACCAGUACUAGCUCCAGCAGUGGCAAUGCCAAUGACAAUGGAUUUGGAGAUAAUUCUAUGGCAUUCAAAUCGGAAUCAUCGGUUGUUUUGCCUGGGGUGCAAUUAAAUGCAGGUUGCCCGGCCACAACUAGUUCCCAUUGUCUGCGCUGUAAUAAAGCGGGCUGCAUCAAGUGCCCCAUGUACCUGGUUACAGACAAUCGCCAAUGUGUGGAUGAAUGUCCGGCAGGUUAUCUGGAGCAGUGGUCGGCACAUACUGAAUUCAUGGGUCGUGUGUGUGUGCCCACUGGCUACUCUGGUCCACUGAUGGCCGCCCUGGCUGGUUUGUUAGGUGGAUUUUUGGUCUGUCUAUCCCUACUGGCCGUGGCUGUGAUGCUGGUCAGGCGUAAGCGUCGACGAAAGUCAGUCAAACAGAAGCUCAUCAACGAGAAUACAAUGGAUCGUGCAGAUUUUAUGCGGCAACUAAAUGAGAUGCGUCCGAAUGCGGAAUACUUUCUGGCCAUGUUGAAUGAUACACGACGACAGAUACGUAAAUUAUAUCUAUCCGGCGAAGUGGCUGCUGCCAAUUCAUAUCGUCCCAUAGUAAGGGAUCUGGCCAAAUUGUUAAUUUUACUCAAUAGACCCAUCGAGCUGAUUCCCACGCCACCGCACGACUGGUCGAGAUUGCAUGCCUGGUCAGAGCAGGCUCUGGAACGCUAUAAGCCACAGGUGGGCCAGCUGAUUGACUUUUUCCAAGCCUCCAAUCAGGAAGUGCUCUAUGCGGCCCCAGUCAAGAAGCAGACACAGAAGAAUAUCUUCAGGCCGCCGCCGGCUCAACAGCAGCAGCAGGGUGGCGGUGAAUUGCUGGCUGGAGAUCGCAACAGCAGCGCUUCCAAUCAACAGAAAUUGCAUUUGUUUGGCUCACUCAUCAGCUUGCAUGAGUUUGAAGAGCCACGAGCCUCGGAUCCAUUUGGCAGCAGUUUCAAUACACUAAAGAGCGGCAAUCUUAUAUCAGAUCUCAAUGCCAGCUCACUCUGGCUGGAGGAUGAGUUUUAUAAGCUGGGCUUUCGACCGCAGGACGAGAUUACAACAGAACUUUGAGUAUUAUUUAUUCCAUGGAUCGAAUACACACAAAUAAUUCCUGGCUGACCAGGCUAAAUUGAUGAAGUUUAGUGUUGGUUCUUCAGCCGGAAUCAAUAGAGAACAAGAGAUGGAUCAUUCCGCUAACUGAGACGCCCAUUUAGAAUUGCUAAAUGUCAACGUUUAGUUUAGUAUUAAGCCAGCAGCAAAAAGAAGAAACUAGUCAAGUAAAAUCGAGCUUGUAAAUGAAUUUAGUUUUUAGGGAUUUUACAAAAAUCGCAACAAUUAUCAUGUAACGGAGAACAACAAUAUUCAACACACAUGAUAUAUCUAUAUCUAUAACUAUACAAUAAAGAUCUAUAAAAGUAGAUAUGCAAUACUUAUAGAUAUAGCUAACAUAGACAGAGAUUAUUAUGCUUAGUGAAUAUGAAUACAAAGAAAUGAGAAAUAAAUUUAAUAAAAUCAUGUGCCUUAAGUUAAUGAAAUGCAAA